AUGGCUCCACAGACUGGCUCCACUGAAAAGGAGCCACAACCUGUUUCAGCCUUUCUACAGCUUUUCACUUGGGAAGAGAUCAAAACCCACAAUGGCCGUGGUGAAGGUCGGGAGCAAUGGCUGGUGAUUGACAGGAAGGUUUAUGAUGUCAGCAGCUUUUCCAAACGACACCCUGGAGGCAGCAGAGUUCUCAGCCACUAUGCUGGGCAAGAUGCUACGGAUGCCUUUGUAGCGUUCCACAAUGAUAUGCCUCUGGUGAAAAAAUACUUGAAAUCUCUGCUGAUUGGGGAGUUGGCACCAGAUCAACCCAGCUUUGAGUCUAACAAAAAAAAAUCCCUUGUGGAGGAUUUCCGAGAGCUGCGCUGCACGAUUGAGAAGAUGGGACUCCUGAGGCCAAGCUUCCUCUUUUUCUUCCUGAUUUUCCUUCACCUCCUGGUACUGGAUGCUGCAUCUUGGCUCGUGGUCUGGUACUUUGGCACAUCCUUAGUGCCUUUCCUGGUUGGCAUGAUGUGCUUCACCGUUGCUCAGAUCCAGAUGGGCUGGUUCCAACAUGAUCUGGGGCACUUGUCUGUCUUCAGGAAGCCUAAAUGGAACCGAGUUAUGCACACUGUGGUGCUAAGCCUUCUGAAGGGAGCACCACCCAGCUGGUGGAAUCACCUGCACAACCAGCACCAUGCCAAACCCAACUGCUUCCGAAAAGACCCUGACCUCAACAUGCAUCCUCUCCUGUUCAGCUUGGGAAAGACACUCUCCGUGGAGCUUGGGAAAAAGAAGAAGAAGUUCAUGCCUUACAACUACCAGCACAAGUAUUUCAGCUUUCUGGCCCCACUUGCACUUGUACCCUUCUUCCAGCUGUCUGUAUUCUUCUUUUCAAUCAAGAGAAAAAAGUGGCUGGAUCUGCUGUUGAUUUCAUCAUUCUACAUCCGAGUCUGUCUCAUGUAUGUUCCUUUAAUGGGAUUUGGCAAAUUCAUGGUGUACCACUGGCUGGGCAGGUACCUAGAGAGUACCUGGUUUAUUUGGGUAUCACAGAUGAAUCACAUUCCAAUGGAAAUUGGUUAUGAUAAGAAUGAAGACUGGGUGUCUACACAGCUCCAUGCAACAUGCAACGUGAACCAAUCUCUGUUCAAUGACUGGUUCACUGGCCACUUGAACUUCCAAAUUGAGCACCACCUUUUCCCCACCAUGCCUCGACACAACUACCAGAAAGCAGCUCCUCUAGUGAAAGCCCUUUGUGACAAGCAUGGCAUUGAGUAUAAAAGCAAGACUUUACUGACAGCCUUUGGAGAUAUCUUGCAUUCACUGAAGGAUUUUGGGGACCUCUGGCUCGAAGCAUACCUGCAUGGAUAG